AUGCUGGUUUAUGCGAUUAUCGACGACCAGAGCAAUCGGUCACUGGCUACCUCAUCGAUCUUUGACUACUUCCAGGAUGAUUGCGGUGAUGUCUCUUACACAUUAGUUUCCUGCUCUGGAACAGUUUCAGCAACUGGAAGAUUCGGUACUUGUUACACAGUGGAGUCUGUAGAUGGCACAUGUCAGUUAGAGUUCCCAGAACUGAUAGAGUGUAAUGACUUACCUAGUAAUAGGGAGGAGAUCCCUUCACGAGAGGUCGCCUUGCAUGAGUUAUUGGUCAACGACAACCUGUUCCAGAAGACCGAACAUGAUGAGAAGAUAGGAUUCUCGAUAGAAGACAAAGAAUUCCUAAAAUUGAUGAACACAUCAUUCGAGAGAGAUGACAGUGGCCAUUGGGUGGCUCCCAUUCUAUUUAAGCAGAACCAACUACGUCUACCAGACAACAAGACCCAAGCACUACAACGUGCAAGAGCAUUUGACAUGAACCUUCGACACAACUCUAGAAAGUACGAGCAUGUCAAGGAGUUCAUGAUAAAAUUGUUCAAUAGAGGACAUGCAGAGAAGGCACCUAUGCUCGAAGAGGGAAUAGAGAGAUGGUAUCUACCAAUGUUUGGUGUGUAUCACCCUAAAAAACCUGAAUCCAUUAGAGUGGUAUUUGACUCAUCCGCUCGUUUUGAAGGAGUGUCCUUGAAUGGUUCACUGAUGAAAGGGCCAGAUCUAUCUAACAGCUUGCAAGGAGUACUGAUGAGAUUCCGGUUAGAUCAACAUUCCGUGAGAGCGGAUGUGAAGCAGAUGUUCCAUAAUUUCCGAGUGAGAGAAGACCACCGAGACUACCUUCGUUUUUUUUGGCAUCCUAACCAUGACUUAGACGCUCCAUUGGAGGAAUUUAGGAUGACAGUACAUGUAUUUAGGAACAACCCUAGUCCUUCAGUUGCUACGUUUGGUUUGAGACAAUCUGUCUCGACUGCAGACCCGGAAGUUCAACACUUCGUAUCCCGUAACUUUUAUGUUGACGACGGGCUGAUGAGCUUCAGUGAUAUACCUCAAGCGGUGGACCUUAUCAAGCGUACACAAGAGGCUCUCUACGAAGGAGAACGCUUACGUCUACACAAAAUCGCAUCAAACUCUGUCGAAGUUUUGCAACAUUUUGAAGCAGAAGAUCUCAGCAAAGACCUACAUGGGCUUGAUAUUAUGCAAGACAACUUACCAGAGCAUAGAAGCCUGGGAAUUGCAUGGAACAUUGAAGACGACACGUUUAUCUUUAGGGUGAGCAAAGAUCCCAAGCCCUUCACACGACGGGGUGUCUUAUCAGUCAUAAACAGUCUCUUUGACCCCAUUGGAUUUACAGCCCCAGUGACAGUGGUGGGGAAGAUGCUUUUAAGGGAGGCAAUGACCACGAAGUGCGACUGGGACGACAUACUCCCGGUCAGUUUUCAGACAGACUGGGAAAUCUUAGCUGUAGAGAUGGCAGAGACUAUCCGAGAAGAACUACAAAUUCCUAAGGACAACUUCACCUUUUACACAGACAACCAAGUCGUCUUGGGAUACAUCUCUAACAAUGCUAAAAGGUUUCAUGUGUAUGUGUCUAACAGGACUCAAAACGACAGAUAUCCGUCAGAGAUUCAUGCAAUCAAAAGCGGAAAACACCCACCACUUAACAGUCACUUAAUCUCCCUCAAUCCAGUACUAGACAAAAAUGGGAUCCUGCGAGUAGGAGGUCGAACAAAACACAUGAAGGCUUCUCACCUGACCACUCAACCUAUCAUUAUCCCUAAGGAUCACCAUAUUGCCACAUUGUUAGUACGUCACUACCAUGCAGAAAUUCAUCACCAGGGAAGACACAUGACAGAAGGAGCAGUCAGAGGCGCAGGUUUCUGGAUUGUUGGAUUCCGUCGGCUCGUGAACUCUCUGAUAAGAUCAUGCAUUAUGUGCAAAAAACUGCGUGGGAAUCUAGGAUGGACAAAGAUGGCGGACCUACCGUUGGACAAAAUUGAGCCUGGACCUCCUUUCAGCUUUGUUGGAGUCGACGCAUUGGGACCUUGGCCAGUUGCAAAGAAGACUACUAGAGGUGUCAGGACUACAUCCAAGUAUUGGGCCAUUAUUUUUACAUGUCUUGUGUCAAGAGCCAUACACAUAGAGCUAGUGGGAGAUAUGAGAAGUGAAGCUUUUAUCAAUGCCCUGAGAAGAUACAUGGCCAUUCGUGGCCCCAUGCUCCAGAUUCGUUCAGAUAGGGGCACACACUUCAUUGGGGCGAUGAAGGAGUUAGGGAUAAGUGCGUCAUUCGAUGAAAGUGGAGUAGUGCAAGAUUACCUGACAAAGGUUGGAUCUACAUGGAUCUUUAAUCCACCAUAUGCACAUCACUUUGGGGGCGCCUGGGAACGUCUUAUAGGAUCCUGCCGUCGUAUUUUGGAUGCCCUGCUGUUGGAGAACAGACCUAAAGACGUAACCUUUGAUGUUCAUAGCACCAUUAUGAGUGAAGUUAGCGCCAUUAUGAAUACUCGUCCACUGUUGCCUAUCUCUAGUGAUCCAGAAGCUCCAUCGGUUCUCUCCCCAUCCAUGGUCCUGACGCAGAAAGAAUGCGACCUUACCUCAUCAAUGAACAUUACAGGAUUUGGACCUAAAGAUGCUAUGAAAAGUCAGUGGAAAUUGGUUCAAAAAUUGGCUGAUGACUUAUGGCGUAGAUUGCAACUCGAAUACAUCCACUGCCUGCAAACUCGCAGAAAAUGGCAACUGCCAGGAGCGACCUUUAAGGUUGGUGACGUAGUUCUAGUCAAGGACGGCAAUUCUCAUCGUAACACUUGGCCCGUUGGUAUUUUUAAGGAAGUGUUCCCAAGCAAAGAUGACGUCAUUCGGAAAGUCAUGGUGACCGUUGUUCGUGAUGAUGUUCGAAACUCAUAUUUUUCACCCUCACUGGAGGAGCAAUAA